GGCGUGCAAACCCUAGACUUGGAGGAAUACAUCAUGGAGGAUACCAGAUUCAUGGGGCAACACAUCAUGAACAUGGAGUGGCUUACUAAUUUGCAGACUACUUUCGAUCAGUGGCUCCCCACCCUAGACAAUGAACUUGUUCUUCAAGAUGGAGUUGACAUGAUGAAUGAUGGAGUAGAAAUUGUUGCGGAGAUGGACGGUGUAGAAGAUAUUGCUCCGGAGAUGGAAGAAGCCCAUGAUGUUCAUGUUGAAGAUACUGCUUCGGUGAUGGUAGGAAUAGAAGGUGAUGAUGUGGAGAUGGUUGGAGAAGAAGUGCAUCAGUAUGAUUUGCUCACAGCCGGUGAGCAAGUAAUAUUUGAUGUUAUGUUUGAUAUUUACCAUCCGAACUUCUAUCUUGAUGACAAUGGCUUGUACUGUUUCCGUGAGGAGUAGAGAAAAUAAGGAUUAUGUAAUGAAA